CAGUUCCAAAUGAAGAAGGAAUUGACGAAGACCUUAUAUGGGCCCAACUACUUAGUUCUCGCUCUGCAGGGUUUUUAAUGGGGGCAUCUUGUGGGGGAGGUAACAUGCAGGUGAAUGAUGAAGACUAUCAUAAUGUUGGGUUACGACCUCGACAUGCCUACUCAGUUCUUGAUGUUCAAGACUUGCAUGGAUUGAGACUAGUCAGACUUAGGAAUCCUUGGGGACACUAUUCUUGGAGAGGUGAUUGGUCGGAUGAAUGCUCAUUAUGGACAGCCGAGCUUCGAGAAAUGUUGAUGCCCCAUGGUGCUGAUGAAGGACUCUUCUGGAUGUCAUUCUCCGAUAUGUUGAGAUACUUCGACUGUGUUGAUAUAUGUAAAGUCCGUUCAGACUGGAAUGAAAUUCGACUUCAAGGAAUUCUUCCCCCACAUGCUGAUAAGGACAGUAUGGCUGUAACAGUAAUGACAGUAUUAGAGGCUACUGAAGUGGAGUUCAGUCUUUUUCAAGAAGGCCAAAGAAGUGCAGAAAGAUCUCAACGCUCCCAACUGGACUUGUGUGUUGUAGUGUUUAGAGCGGCCGAUCCUGCCCGAGGCCAAGUUGGUGCUUUAAUAAAACACAGCAAGAGGCAAGUCAGAGGAUUUGUAGGGUGCCAUGCGAUGUUGGAACCUGGCCUUUAUAUUGUCGUGUGCCUAGCCUUUAACCACUGGCAUACAAGUAAGAGUUAUUUUCACUUCCUUACCUUCUAA